UGGAGUUUGUAACAUGGCCGUCAGGACGGAGUGGAGUACGAGGUUUUGGGGACAGAUAUCCGGUAUUAGUUCAGCUGGAAGACUGAUGGAUGAUGCUACGAUUUGUUCAUGAUGUAACUACUCUGUUCUGUUAGUUGUAUCCACUCCUGGCUCUUUAUAAAGCAUUGUAGAGGAAGUGGAAUCAGCAGCUCACUGCAUGCACCCUGACUCUCGGAGGAAGGUGAUUAUUUCUCCUCUCACAUUGGUAGAACUGUUAGGAUUAGUGUUUGAGGGCCGGUGGACGUGUUUACCUGCGGCGGGACGGGACUCUGCCCUGACAACCGGCGCCGCGUCUCUUCACGGAGCAUGGUGAGCGAGCACGGGUCACCAUGGAGCUGCAUGAUAAGAUGCAGGAGGAAGGAGUGACUCUUUUGGGUCUGUCCACGACCCAGGCUUUAAGGACACUCCAUGAUCAGCUUUCCAGCCUAGUGGAGCAGCAUCAAAAGCUAAGCCAGCGGAGAUCCACCAUCCAGGAGCUGUGGGCGAAGAGUUUCCUCCACCAUAAUGACCGUCACUCCUGCUUCCACUGGCCAGGAGCUGCUUUCACAUUGCUUGUAGUGUUGGGCUUGUUGUGUUGCCAUGGCAAGCAGCCAAAGGGCAGCGAAGGCAUAGAAUUGGUGAAUGCAGGAGCGUUAUUUCUCCUGCUGCUCCUCAACCUCAUCCUUAUUGGCCGUCAGCAGAGACGGAAGAAGAGCGAGAUGUUGCGGCGACUGAAAUCCAUCAUUUCAGAUCUGCAUAAUCACUUGGAAGGGAGUGGAGGACAGCCAGUCAGAUGGGCCUCUUCUCGAUACCCUGACUUGUACACACCUUCCUCACCAUCCUGGUCUCUGCACUGGACAUACCGUGAUGAGCAGUUGGUGAAUCUGCCCGUCAGUCUGUUGGUGGAAGGUGAUGUCAUUGCUCUCAGGCCAGGCCAGGAAGCAUUCGUCUCUCUUAGAGGCAUUAAGGAUGAUGAACACAUUGUGCUGGAACCCGGAGAUCUGUUUCCACCAUUCUCCCCCCCUCCCUCCCCUCGAGGAAAUAAUAGAAAAGGACCACACAGUCCCCAGCAGCAUCGCCUCUUCAGGGUGGUGCACACACCCAUUCUUGACAAUAUCAGGAACAGUCUUGAUCUCGCGCUCUCACGACCAGUCACAGCUCUUGAUAAUGAACGCUUCACAGUGCAGUCCCUUAUAGCAAAGUUUGCCUGCCCUGCUGUGCUAAUGGCAUUUUUUACUGUGAAUACAAUUCGCUAUUUUUGUGACGCUCCCGGCCUAACACCAGGGCGAUUCAACUUCUUUCAGCUACAGAUGAUGGGAGUGCUGCCCAUUCUACCUCUUCUGUUUCCUGUCAUGUGGGUUCUGGUCAUUGCUUAUGGAGAAGCACGAGUAUUAGCAGAAUUCAGCCGCAACUCUCCAACAGGCCUGCUGGCUAAGUUCUCUGAGGACACUCUAAGCAGCUACACGGAAGUGGUGUCCUCUCAGGAGAUGCUGCGCUGUGUGUGGAGACACUUGGUAGGCGUUCUGAAAGGAGACUCCCAGACGUUGUGUUCUACCUCGAGCCUGCUGCGCAACCUGGGUUCAGUCACAGUACUAUGCUGUGUGGAUAAGCAGGGUGUACUGUCCUGGCCCAACCCUAGCCCAGAGACGGUCCUAUUCUUUAGUGGGCGUGUUGAGCCGCCCCACGACAGCCAGGACGAUCUCAGAGACGACCUUUCUGUUAACUCUUUGUGUCGUACAGAAGCAGAGGAUGACCGAGAUGAGGUUCAGGAAGGUGAGGCUCUCCUCAAUGUACAUGCCAUUGAACCUGUCCUACAUCUAGUUAAUGAGCAGGAGCCCAGUGAGGUGUCACAUGAUACAAUCCGCUUCUGUGAUGUGCACCGCACACGUCGAGGUCCUCAGACCACCCGCUCCAAACACCCGUCAGGCUCCAAUGUCAGCUUCAGUCAUGACACUGAGGGGGGAGAGGAAUCAAGUGCUCAGCUGUGUGGUGUUGGUGAUGAUCUGUGUGAGGCAGAGGACUUUGUGUGUGAUUAUCAUCUGGAGAUGCUGAGCUUAUCUCAGGACCAGCAGAACCCUGUCAGUAUUCAGUUUGAUGAUUCGGGCUGGCAGGGCCAUCUGUCCUCUCUGAAGCCUCUGGGAUUGAACAUCAUGCUGAACCUGUGCAACGCUCUGGUCACACAGCAGCUCUGCCGCUUCUCAGACCACCUGUCCAACUUGGCGCUGCAGGAAAGUCACGGCACUGUGCUCCCUGUGCACGUUCCCUGGGGCCUCUGCGAGCUGUCUCGCCUCAUAGGUUUUACUCCUGGCGCACGGGAACUCUUUAACCAGGAGAACCAUUUGGCGUUGUACCAGCUGCCUAAUGGAGACAAGGCCAACGAGUCCUGCACACGCCGCGUUCACCAUGUCACCAAACGCCAGCCACCAAUUAGUCAUCUGAUCAGCCUGCUCGUGCGAGACAGCACAACCAACAAUGUCCAGAUGCUCUCCCACGGCUCAGCUGACCUCAUCCUCGAGGCCAGCACUGACUUCUGGGACGGCACAGACAUCUACCCUCUGUCUGGCUCUGACAGGAAGAAGGUUCUGGAUUUUUAUCAGCGUGCGUGCCUGUCAGGUUACUGCUCUGCAUUUGCAUAUAAGCCCAUGCAGGUUGCACUGUCAAGUCAGCUAAAUGGGAAGUGUGUGGAGCUGGCGCCCGGCCCAGCACUAUUCUCUGGAGUGGAGCUGCCCAGCACCACGCCCAUCAAACACAGCGGCCGGCGCAAUAGCUGGAGCUCAGAUGAGGGUAUAGGAGAGGGUUUGGAGAAGGAGGACUGUGUUCAGGCCCUGAGCGGGCAGAUUUUCAUGGGCAUGGUGUCGUCCCAGUUCCAGGCCCGCUUGGACACGGUGCGUCUCAUUGAGAACCUGGUGGGAGCCUGCAUCCGUUUUGUCUACUUCUCCAGGGAGGAUGAGCUGCGCAGCAAGGUAUUUGCAGAGAAGAUGGGUUUGGAAACAGGCUGGAACUGUCACAUCUCUCUAACCCCGAAUGGAGAUGGCCAUGGUGAUGGAGCUCCCUCUAGCCCUAGCCAGGCAGGCUCUCUACAUGAUGAUCUCCUGCCAGAUUCCCGGGAUGAUGCUGAGGGCCCGUUACUUGCUGAGGAUGAAGGCCAGUCAGAUCUUGCCAGCUUCCAGGCUACAGACAGCGAUGUUCCCAGCUUCCUCGCUGACGGCAAUAGAGCCAAGCUGCCUCGUGGCAUCCAUCAGGUCCGUCCUCACUUGAAGAACAUUGACAAUGUGCCACUGCUCGUGCCCCUUUUCACUGACUGCACUCCUGAAACCAUGUGUGAGAUGAUGAAGAUUAUGCAGGAGAACAGAGAGGUAACAUGCUGUUUGGGGAGCUCAGCUAACUUCCGUAACAGUUGCCUCUUCAUACAGAGUGACCUCAGUAUCUCUCUAGACCCACUGUACCCAUCUCGGUGCUCAUGGGAGACGUUUGGCUAUGCAUCUGGCAGUGUUGCGAAUGAGGAGAUGGAGGAACUGAGCCCUCUACGGCUUAGUGCUCGUCUCAACAGCCUCAGCUGCUCGGUCUCCUUGCACCAGGGCGAAAGCUUCAGCCUGGUUAAGCUUAUAGAGCAGGCCAGGCACACCACAUAUGGCAUUCGCAAGUGCUUCCUCUUCCUGCUGCAGUGCCAACUCACACUGGUCAUCAUUCAGUUCUUGGCUUGUCUUACUCAGCUUCCACCUCCGCUAAAUAUAACGGACAUUUUGUGGCUCUCCUGUUUCUGUUAUCCUCUGCUGAGUGUGUCCUUCUUGGGAAAGCCACCGGACAGCUCUGUGAUGACCGUGGCUACUGGAAAAAAUCUGGAUGGCAUCCCUCGUAAGACACAGCAGUACUUUCUGGGUUGGUUCCUGCUCAAGUUUGGUCUGACAGUGUGUGUUUACCUGCUAGGAUUCGGAUUCUCCCUGCAGAAAGUGCUGGAGGAUGGCAGUCCUGUUAAUAACAGCAGUGAUUACUCUCUCCACAUCUUUACUUGCUCAUCAGAAAAGUGGUUUUCUGAGUUAUCUAACGGUCUGCUGCUCAUCCAGAAAGUCAUGGCAGGCUUCCUGGCUCUGCAUACUGUGGUGAUUUCUCUCAGCUACGUGCACCGUUCUCAGCCACUGUGGAGGAAGAAUCCCUUCAGCAACACCUGGUGGUGUUUAACUGUGCCUCUUGUAUUGUUGGGUCAGGUGGUGCAGGCUAUAACAGAUUAUAAUUUAUGGCAAGACAGAAGUAAUACGACAAGUCUGAACUUUACAUUAAGCCAUGUGCCCAUGGAGGUGUGGCUGAUGGUGUCGCUAUCCAUUGUGCUGGUGGUGCUGAUCAACGAGGUUGUCAAACUGCACGAGAUCAGGGUACGUGUGCGUUACCAGAAGAGGCAAAAGCUUCAAUUUGAGACGAAGCUGGGAAUGAACUCUCCUUUCUGAGCUGCUGUAACUUGUAACACAUGUCUCUUUUGCUGUAAGAUCACUGUUCCCAUGGAUGAGCAGUGGAGUGAGAGGAGUUGGUUGUUUUGUUUUGUUUGUUUUUUUUCCUCUUCUCAGUGCCUCACUAUAACACUAACAUACAAACUGAUCCAGCAUCACUUCAGGUCACCAGAAUAAUGAGACUGCAUCUGUUCUCCAUCACUAGCUUCCAUGUUAAAAUGUUGUUUCCCUUUUUGGAGUUGUUUGUAUGCAUGCUCCCUCUGGUUUGAGUAGGAAAAAACUGUCAUGGUAUAGAAAAGUGGAUCAGUUUAGUCGGCUACAAUUGGGGUUUUUAAAUUUAUCUUAAAAACCACAGGAUGGUUAUAGAUGAACAAUCUCUGUAUCUAGUAAUCUAAUGGUAUGCAAGACAAGUGUGGAAGUUUGAUAAGGCACAUUAUGAUUUGACUUGGAUUUUAAUUAUAAGCUAAAGUAAUAUAGGACUUGGGAUGAGUUUUCUCAGUGGUUACAGGAAAUGCGUAAAAAGCAGAAGGAACAUGCUGUUUUAUCGUCUUAUUAUCGUACAAUUCUUACACACCUCGGUAGUUUCUUCAUCUUGUUUCCAAUUAAUUGCCAUGCAUCACAAAAUACUGAAUAGAUUUGAAUGUCCGUGUCUUUGUACAUCUUUCCAAAUACCUCAUGCCUAAUGCAUGCCACAGAGAUGGAUGGAUGGAUAGUUUUGCAUUACAAAUCUAACGAGUUUGUUCAAAUUAAUGACGGCGUGCUUAUCAAACGACACUACGAAUGGAGCUGCUUUUAACAAAUGCUCUGACUUGAUACAUGUCAGCCAAAAUAAGAGCUAAGAGCAAAAAUGUUUUGCUUACUCAAAGAUCCUUUGGUUAGUUGGAUCACUAUAUCGAAUCAGUUAUCUGAAACUCUGAACUGUAAAAUAUUUAAUUUGAUUCCACAGAGAAAGCUGUUUUAUAUGACGAUUUUCUGUCUUGCGAUAGCUUAUACUGGUGUGAUUGAUUGAGUUGAUGGCUGUUCUACCUCAUGCUGAUUGCCUCAAAAAUAUUCUUCAUCAUGAGUGGCUCAGUGGUCUAGGUGAAGGUUUUGAGCUGGUGAUCAGAGGACUGUGUGGAAGAACAAAUCUAAGGGUCUCCAGAGAACCACUGCUGGACUUCUUGAGCAAAUGAAAGUCACAUUGGGGAAUCGCAUCUGCCAAAUGAAGAAAUGUAAAUAGAAAUGUUUAAAUGAGAAUACAGGGGGUUUUACUGAUCAAUAUGUGAUCAAUAUGCUUUCUUGAAAUGACCAGCAUUUCUCUUUCCUUUAGAGGUAAUGUCCUGUUUAAGGUCAAGCAAAAACUCACUGUGGCUUUAAUCCACCGUCGCCACAAAAACGUUGCUUCAGUUUGCCUGUUUCACUUUCUUCCAUCUCACCCAUUUUGCCUACACGCACUUCUAGACUACUAUGUACUUCUCUUCUCUCUGAACUCCAUAUAGUAGGAGCUCUUCAUGCCUUCAAGCUCUUUUUCAUUUCUGUUAAGCUACCUUUACUAAAGAUUUAUUGUAAGUACUUAUUCCAUAUGAUUAUACACGAUUCCAUUCUUCUUAUCCAUCUUAACCAGGCUUUUCUUAAUAGUUCCUGCAUCUGGUUUAUUUAUUUAUUUAUUUAUUUUAUGGCACACCUGUCUAUAUUUUUAUGGAUGGUGCAUUAUACUUAAGCAAGACUUUUUUUUUUCGCACACAAUUGCUGUGUAUGAAGAGAUAUUAUAUGUGCAGAACACCAUGCCUUGUUUCUUCACGCUACUCUUCAACUUGUAGGCAGAUCUUUAAGUCCAUGCACAGAAUGUAUUCAAACUGUUUGUUCUGCUAUGUUUCCACCUCAGGGCGGUUUGAAACAUGUGUGUAUAAGCAUCUGUAUAUCAGACAGGGCAGUGAUUAUCAAGCAGGCAUCAACUGAGUGACUUUCUAAUUGCCGUUUUAGUGCUGGUAUAGAAAUGACGGAAGGUGUAAUCAGCAGAUAAGUUUUUGUUUGUUUUGUUUUUUUGCACUGAUUAAUUCUGUACUUUUUUUUGCUUGUGUAAUGGAGCUUGAUUGCACAACGUUUUGUACAGUUACGGAGUUUGUCCUUUUUAAAAAAAACAUUUGAAUGUGUGCUUUUUUUGUGCUAACAUAUAUGCAUGAUUAAGACAUACAUGAAUGCAGUGGUUAAACUUUUUUUUGAGAAUGUUGGGUCUUGCAUGCACUGCAGAUGUUGCUGGGACUUUCAUCAGUCAUAUCAGCCUUAGCCAUCCCUUUGGAACCAUGCUCAGUCUCUCUACUGUACAGAUGUUUGUGCAAAUAAUAAUAACAGAAUAAAAGCCUACACUGUCAGAAAUAGGGGUACAGUAGGAGUCCAUUUCUGUCCCCUAAGGUACAGUUUACACUUAUGUACCCCCUAGGGCUCAUUAUUGGACCUCAAGGUAUCCUUUUUAGGGCUAAAAAGUUACAUAUAUGUUCCAAGUAGUCAAUAAAGGGUACAGAUAAGUACCUUAGAGGGUACUGCCCCAGUGACAAGCUGUUGUACCCCUAAAGGUACAAUAAUGUACUUUAUUUUCUGAGAGUGUAUAUUGGUUGUUGCCAGCAACUCAUGAAAAAGAUUUGCGAAUGUUCACAAAGUUUAUAAAUGUACAUUUUUCUAUUUUUAAGAUGUCUUUUUUUUUUUUUGCCAAUUGAUAUGUGAUUUUUUUUUAAUUAAAUAUCUUCAUUUUAAAAAUAUGGUGGUGUAUUAAAUAUAAAUAUACAAGGCUAGGGUUUUGAAAGUGGUGACCUUUUUGAAGAUAGAUAGAUAGAUAGAUAGAUAGAUAGAUAGAUAGAUAGAUAGAUAGAUAGAUAGAUAGAUUAUCUCUGUGUGUGUGUAACACACACACACACAUAUAUUUGUGUGUAUACACGUGUGUAAAAUGUGUGUAUACACACGUCUGUGUGAAAAAUAAAUGUACUUUAUUGUA